AUCCAAAGGCAAGUUGCCCAAGGAUACAGUGUUAUCUGGAACUGCAAAGCAGUGGAUAACUUAUGCUUUUGUAUGGAAGAUAUUUUCAACCAUGGGCUGAAAGAGGGGUUAGUGUGUUGCAUUCUCUGAAUGUUAUUAACAGAAAAUUUUUUCUUUGCUACUAACAGUAAUGUUGAUAUUGCAAAAUAGAAUAGUACAUCUGUAUGCAAGGACAUACAUUUUUUAGGGGGUGGUUGUGGAAUGUAUAGUACUGAGUACUAUACCUUUGAGCUUUACCCAUUGGGAGGGGGAGGGGCAGCCAAGCAAUAACUUGUGGCUGAAGAGGGUAUGCUUGAUCUAUCAUUUUAAACACUGUUAUGCAUUUCACUGCAUAUUCUGGUACAUGUACGGUGUAUUGAGCAUCUUACAUGUAAGCAGGGUGUGUCUAGCCUGUCUGCGGUUUAUUCACCAGAAACAAUGCGUGCCAUCAACAUGUGUGUUCGUGGGACUGAUGUUGUGAUUUUGUGAUAAGGUCUCUUCUUUUAGACAGCCUGAAAAGCAAAAAAAAAAAAAGAAGCAAAAAUCAGGGUUUGAAGGCCUCAGUGAGGAGUUGUCGGAAAAAACCACAAUGGAGGUCAAAAGUCGUUACAAACACACUCAACAUGAUAAGACUUAAUUAAACUGACUCCCAUCCUUCCUCACCCCAAGCAAUGUAGUUGUAAUUUGUUCUCCCUGUCCUGAAAAGAGUUUGCUUUUCACAAUGUUGUUUUUUGGGGGAAAGGGAAGCCAUUAGAGACAUCCAAACUAGUGCAAACAUGGAUGUCACAAUGUAUGCUACGACUGAUAACACAUGUACAGUUUGAACCCUGAAGAAGGCAGCAUUGCCGAAAUGUUGGUUAAGACUCUUUUGAACAGCAUUGAUUGUAGAAUUUUCAAAUUAACACAGUUUGUAUGUUCUGCUGUUGAAGGAAGUUUUUUUUAAAUCUCUACACCAAAGAUUUUUGGCCGUCAUUGGAGUUUUCACAAAACUUUAGGUUGGUGGUUAAGCACCAAAUUAAAGCUCUAACUUGCCCAAGAAACCAAAACCCUAAAGGAUUCUGGUAAUGAUACUUUUAGUAAAAGUAACAUCUUCAUACAAAAGGUUGAUAGUUCUUUGAAGUUAAGUACUGAUACAUGUGCCUGAUGGUGUUGAACAGAUGUGAUUUUAAUACCCUAUGAAGAGGUUUCCUUUGAUGGUCAAAUACCUACAAAGGAUUUCUUGUUACACACUAAAAACUGUUAGAGCCAUUAUACGUGUAGGUUUCAUGUCUGUUGUGGUACAGUGUUAUUUUGAUUCUUGAGGUUGAAAGACUUGCCAAGAAACUAGGGAAGAUGUUGUAAGACUCUUAUCCUCAGAUAAAGUUCUUUUUGUAAAAUGUUUCAAUGAUUUUGUCAUUUUCUAGUUUAAGAUUGGCGGUCUUUUUUGCAGGCUUCUCAGCUGGGCUUCAAAUAAUCAAGUAUCUUUUUGGUCACUAGCGAAUAAAGUGACAUGUAAAAAGGAUAUAGAAGACAUUAACAGG